UGACACGUCAAGUCUUAUAGGUUUCGUGUGUUACAAUGUGAAUAAUUUUUGUUUUCCUUUUUUUAGUAGAUUUACUAACUGUAGCAACUAUUUAACCGGAUAGAAAUUAAACAAGUUAGAAAAUCUUCGGACUGGUUAUGCGAUGUGACUGAUUUAAAAAUAGUGACCAAACAUGCCGAAAUUCCGAAUGCUUUCGCGUACAUCGCGAAUUGUAGCAUUUAGCUCUGUUGCAAAUUUUAUAUUUGCGGCAGAUAGAGUUAUAAUGCCCAUAACCAUCGUUGCCAUGACAGAUGAAUUUAAAUGGAAUUUACAUUGGCAAGGCUGGAUACUUUCUGCCUUUGCCUUUGGUUAUUUUACUAGUCAGAUCAUGGGUGCAAAUACAGCAAGUCGCUUUGGAUGUAAAAGGGUACUAAUAUUAGCUGUUUUACUGUGGUCUAUCAGUACAGUUAUAACUCCAAUUUUAGCUCAGUCUGUUCUAUUGCUCAUUAUUUGUAGAGUAAUUUUAGGACUCGCUGAAGGUCUAGGUCUACCAGUUGUUUUUCAUCUGUUUGCACACAGUGUACCUGUAGAAGAACGAUCUAGAGCAUUUGGGUAUCUUGUAGCAGCUGGUUCUAUUGGACAAGUUUUUGCAUCUGUCUUAUGUCCACAUUUGUCAUGGCAAACAGGAUUUUAUUUAUUUGGUACAAUUGGUAUUAUAUGGACAUUUCUAUGUCUAAUAAUGUACCAUGAAACUAAUACUCAAGAUGAAAUCCCAUUAUUUAUACCUAAGGUAACACAAAAUAGGAGUUUGCGUUGGACUGAAUUUAUUUCCUAUUGGCCUUUGUGGGCAUUGUACAUAGCACACUUCGCAAUGAAUUGGAGUAGCUACAUAAUAAUGCAAUGGUUACCAACUUACUUAGCUAGAAAGCUUUCUGCUAACAAGGAAAGUAUUAGUUUAACAGCACUCCCAUAUAUUGUGAAUUCUCUUGUUGGCAUUGUUGCUGGACAUAGUGCUGAUAACCUUAUACAGAAGAGGUGGCCAGUUCUAUCUGUAAGAAGGUUAAUGACAAACAUCGGCUUAAUUGGCCCUGGUGCAUUUUUAUUAGCAUUCUGUGCUGUAGACAAUUUACUUGCUGCAGUAAUCUUUGUUUCAAUAUCUAUGGGACUUUGUGCGUGUAAUUCUGCGGGUCAUCUUAGUAAUCACGCGGAUAUAGCACCAAAUCACGCGGGCAUCACAUUUGCGGUCUCUAAUACCAUAGCAACUAUACCUGGUAUAUUGUGUGGUCCAUUAACAGCCGAAUUAGUGACCGCGUCGCAUGGUCGUUGGAUGCCAGUUUUUGUAUUGGCUGCAGCAAUCAAUUUUACGGGGGCCAUCAUAUACCAAAGUCACAGUUCAGCACUUCCUGUAUUGUGAUAUGUUUUGAGUGCAUGUGAACUUAUGAGUAUUUAUCAUGGAAAUCAACGAAUAGACGUGAUCGAUAAAAACUUGUUACGUGAACCUACUUUUUUCAAUCACGGUCUCUAGAUGCAGUUUUUUCAGAAAAAUGUUAACCAUUUAUGAGACACAGAUAUGAUAUCAAUACAUCAUGCAUCAAUUAGUUGAAGACAUAUCAAAGUACUGCAUGUAUAUGUUGCAAGAGAAUUUCAUAUAUUUUUUGCAUUCAGUUCACACUACGUCAACGUAACGCAAGUGAUUCACAAAAACAGUGCCAUAAGUUUGUGCACACGGUGAAAUUGUUUGAAUGAUAUUCUUACCGACUUGUAAAAUACAUUAGCCUAA